AAUGAUGCAACGGAAAGUAAGUGUGCGAGAAGACGUUAGUAGGAACUUCACGGGGUGCUGCUUGAAAUUCUGAGCCCUGUUUAAAAACAAAUCCCGCUGGGGCCCACCUGGGCAGUUGGCGCUGUUUUGGGGGGCUUUUGGAAUUGUCCCUGGCUGUAGUUCCUAAAUGGUAAAUGCGCAAAACCUCUUAAAGAUUAAAGCUGCUGAUGGUGUAUUUGACGGAGACGCAGCUGGAAAUAUACCGUAGAAGUCCACUCUCCAAGAGGUUAUUAGGUGACCACAGAUGAGGCGCUAGGUGUUCAAAGUCGGGACCCAGGAUAGACCACUGCUCUAUGCAUCAGUUGGUGACAUCUCUGCGCUGCUGACUUGUCUACAUGUAAGACUAUCCCCCUGCUGAUCUCCCAACGGACUGGACUUUCACAUUAUGUCGUGACCACUUGGCAUCCAUUGCACCGGUCACCCAGGGGGUCCCCACAUCUGCGGUCCCUUCAAAGUAUGGCGAGUCCGCCGGGCGACGCCGGACCCCCGCUACUAUCCACCGGCGUGAAGAAGUGUGGCUACCUGAAGAAACACAAACAUGGACACAAGCGCUUCUUCGUGCUGAGGGAGCCCGGCGACGGCUUCCCUGCCCGGCUGGAGUACUACGAGAGCGAGAAGAAAUGGAGGAACAAGUCUGCCGCCAAAAGGGUGAUCCCGCUGGACUGCUGCUUGAACGUCAACAAGCGAGCGGACGCCAAACACAAACAUCUCAUCGCGCUUUACACCAAGGACGAGUACUUCGCGGUGGCGGCGGAGAGCGACGCCGAGCAGGAGGGCUGGUACCAGGUGUUGACGGAUCUAAUCUCGGAGGGGAGAGUGUGCGACGGCUCGGCGUGCAGCUCCGCGUCUUCGCUGGUGGGCUUCGACGAAACGAGCUACGGCGUCAUCACGCCGGUGAGCGCCGCCUAUAAGGAGGUCUGGCAAGUCAACAUGAAGUCCAAGGGCUUGGGGCAAAGCAGGAAUUUAACCGGCGUGUACAGACUCUGCCUUUCCAGUCGGACUAUCAGUUUUGUCAAGCUCAACACAGAAGUGGCCUCGGUCGUUUUGCAGCUGAUGAACAUCCGGAGGUGUGGCCAUUCGGAUAGCUUCUUCUUCAUAGAGGUGGGUCGCUCGGCAGCCACUGGACCCGGCGAGCUCUGGAUGCAGGCCGACGACUCCGUGGUGGCGCAGAACAUCCACGAGACCAUCCUGGAAGCCAUGAAAGCCAUGAAGGAGCUGUCAGAGUUCCGCCCCCGCAGCAAAAGCCAGUCUUCAGGCACCAAUCCCAUCUCCGUGCCCACCAGGAGGAACUUGCACAACCUCCCCCCGAGUCAGACCGGCCUCCUCAGGAGGUCACGCACUGACAGCAUGGCUACGACGUCGCCUGUUGGUAAAUUCUCCUCCUGUCGAAUACGCACGGCCAGUGAGGGCGAUGGCACCAUGACACGCCCCAUGUCGAUGAUGGGGAGCCCCCUCAGCCCGGGGGUCCACCGCACCCUCCUGAGCAGGUCUCACACCAUCACCGCACGCCCUUGUCGGACAUUUGAAUCCUCUUCCCUCCAGCACAGUAAGUCCAUGUCCAUGCCUCUGUCUCAUUCCCCGCCCACGGCCGCCCCUAGUCUAGUAAGCCUGUCCUCAUGUCCAGAUAGUUGCGCUCCUCGUCCCUCAAGUUGCAGUGCUUCCUUCUCGGGCUCCCCCAGUGAUGCAGGGUUUAUAUCGUGUGAGGAGUAUGGCUCCAGCCCCAUUGAUGCACGGGACCUUCGGCUGCCUCUCACAUUUGGUAGCAACACCCCUGAGUCUCUAAAAGCGGACACUCCUCCUUCGCGGGGCAGCAGUGGGCUUGAAGGAUACAUGGUAAUGGAGCAAAAUUUUGGCUAUCGGUGGUUACCAGAGCGGGACAAGUCUUACCGAAAACGCACAUACUCCCUUACCACCCCCCGCCAGCAAAGGUGUCUCCCCCAAGUGUCUUCAGCCUCCCUUGAUGAGUACACACUAAUGAGGGCCACAUAUACAAGUGGAAGCCAGUCUUCUCGCAGGUGUUCCCCUAAAGGAAGCUUCCCUGACGAGUACAGGGAUGUCCAGAUGAGUGACAGCAGUGGUUACAUGCCCAUGAUGCCUGGCGCUGCGCCUCACACGUCAGGAGCUAAGACUGACCCUUACAUGCCCAUGAGCCCCAUGUGUGUGUCUGCUCCUAAACAGAUCAUCAACCCCCGGACGCACUCUUCCUUGGCAGGGCUGGCCCCACAUGCGAACUCCCCGGGCAGUGUUUCCCUGGAGGAUAGCGGCUACAUGCGCAUGUGGUGUGGCAUCAAAAUGUCAGUGGAGAGCGCUGAUGGAAAGCUGCCAAAUGGCGAAUACCUGAACAUGUCUCCUGUGGACCCUCUGUUGUCACUCCCAACCAGAGACAACACCCUCAGUAAUAUUGGAGGAGAACCCCACCCCAAGCACCAGCACAGACAGCCUUACACUUACAGCACCCUCCCGCAUUCACUUAAAGGCCAAUUGCAACGCAACUGUUCCGUUGACACUGACCAGUAUGUAGUGAUGUGUUUACAGAGACAGAGGAUAGAGGAGGAGUCCAGCUACUGUCCUGUCUCUCCAGGAGACUCUGUGGCGUCAACAGGCGGAACCCCUUCAUCUGCUCCCCCUCCCCUUAGAUUGGCUCAGAGUAACGGCGGCCUGGCGCACAGGGGUAGGGCGUGUCGGCCCACCCGCUUGGCUCUGGAUUCCCUCAGAACCUUACCAUGUAUGAGUGAACACCCGCUCCCCUCUGAGCCACGCAGCCCCGGGGAGUAUAUCAACAUCGACUUCAGCAGUCCUUCCAGUGACGUGGUGGCAUCCACUGAGGGCGCCAACAGGGGAUCACCAUCGCUCUCGGACUAUGUUAACGUGGAGCUUGCCUCGCCAAAAACUGUGGACACCCCAGCUGUGCAUGACAUGCAGGAAGAGGAAGGAAAAAGGGCAGAGGUGAGGGGGGUGGUGGAUGAAUAUCCCCUCCAGCAUCACAAGAUUCAAGUCAAGGAUGACUACACUGAGAUGACUUUCGGUCCUCUGUGCGCCACGGAUCCCGCUCCCCUCCCUUCCAGCCCCACCGCCUGUGUCCAAAGACUGAGCCUUGACAGCAGCCUUGUGAUAGACAGGGUAACACCCGCGCCAGUGGACUCGUUUCUCCUCCCUUCACUGUCUGUCACCCUUGCAGACCCUCACAGGGGUGCAAAAGUAAUCCGGGCUGACCCUCAGGGACGCCGGCGACACAGCUCAGAGACCUUCUCCUCCACCACCACUGUCACACCUGUGUGCCCAUCCUUUGCCCACGACACCAAGCGCCACAGCUCAGCUUCAGUGGAGAACGUGUCUCGUGGCGUGAGGAGUGCCGAGGAACAAGACGAGGAGUACGUGAGCAGCAGCAUGUGCAGGGAGACGUCUGCGGGCUAUCAGAACGGACUCAACUACAUUGCCUUAAACUUGAUGGAGGGUACCCUCGGAGGGUGCAGGUUAGGGGGCUGCGACGGACUCCUGAGAUACAAGCCGGCCUGCGGCUGCAAGGGCAGCAUGAACGGCUUCAACUCCAGCCCUUAUGCCAGCAUGGGCUUUAAGGAGACUACUGCAGCUGCCGUGAAAGAAUGAAGGGCACUGACUCCGCCCCCUUUUCUUCCUUGACUCUCCUCCUGGUCGUUGGGUUGGGCCGCCGCAGCCAAGUGACGAUGUCGCCUCGGCAACAGCUGGACCGCACACUGCAGCCGACGUCCUCUGACCCCCCCCCCCACCCCUACUCCCCCCCAGCUGUCGUCUCCGAGAGGUCACAGGGACUGCAGUCGUCACCAUAGCAACACAGACACUUGACCUUUGCCCCACAUGUUCCUUUGAGGAGCCUUUGGGCGCUGCUGCUGAUGACCUAAAACAGGACUUGUUGGUAACUCGUGAACUGAUGUGUUCAUGCAGGACUGCGAAUGUUCACCAUAGAACCAUCGAGACACAAAACCACACCUGGAGAACACAUGCACAAGCAUGGCAAAAAAACAAAAAAAAGAAUGCAUACAAAAAUAUUUAUUUAUUUAUCGCGGAUGUGUAUGCAUUUGGUUUUCCAAAUGUGUGAAUUUCUAUAAAUGAUAAAAAACAAAUUUAAAAAAAAAAAAACCUACCUCAGCAAAAACAAACAAAAACAGGUUGGUUAAACACCCCCCAUCGUUAUAUAUAGAAAUAUAUAUGAAAUAUUUAUUUUGUCUUUUUGAUUUUUAAAUUUUUUUUUUUAAGAACAUGAUCACCAAUCCAAAGCCUUACUCUGGCCCAGGGGCUGUUAAGUUUGGACCUACACAACCGCAAAGAAUGAGCCACUCUGAGAUUUCCAAGCGACAUUUAUGAUGACAAUGUGUGCAAAGAUGAUUUAUUGACUCCCCAAACACUGCAGCACACCUGUGGCCUGUCGUCUGAGCCCAAGUCUCAGCACCUCCAAACACUUUGGACCUGUUCACCUGUAAGCCCCCGCGCACCUGACAGGAAGUUAUGACCUGUUUGUGGGGCCGGGGGGGGGGGGGGGGGGGGGGGGGAGAAGCGAAUGUUCUCUGAAGUUCUUGCUAUGUCGAAAACUAGGGAUGGGCAUUGUAACCAAAUCAUAAUUAGUGGGUUUUCUUUUCUCCAGUCGGAGGAAAGGGCAUGAAAAAUGACAAUACAAUUUGCUAAAUACACUUGAUUUUCAUAACAUUAUUCUUUUUUUUAAUAACAGUUUUUACUAUUUUUUUUUGCUAGUAAAAUUUUUUUUUUUUAUUAAUAUGGUCAUCGUUUUUUGUCAUGACAUGAUUUUUUUUUUUUAAAUGUGGAAUUUUAUUAUUUUUAAAUUCAAACUUUUUAAAAUUUUGAACUUUUUUCUGACUUUGAUUAAACAUUUUUUUAACAUAAAAUUCCGGCUUAAAAAAAAAAAAAAAAAAAAGUGAAUAUGACUUUUUCAUUUCAAAGUUUCAACUUUUUCUGACUGUUUAGACCACGGGUGUCAAACUCAUUUUGAUUGAGGGCCACACCACAGUAAUGGCUGCUUUCAGAAGGCCACUUAAAACAAAACAAAAAUUCACAUUAUGCAUGAGAGUAAUCGAAAUGCAUAUACAUUUGAUAAGAUUUUUUUUAUGUAUAACUUGCUUUAAAAUCAUAAAUAAAAGGGACGAGCAGAUAUUUACGUUUUUAUCUUACAAAAAUAGUUUUGCAAUACAGUAUAUAAUAUAAAUGGCAUGAUCAGAUAGUAUUACAUUUUAAAAUACGCAUUUUUGUUCAGUCAAAAUUGAAAGAACGAACGCAUUUAGUAAAAAAUAAAAACAUUUAAAUAAGUAUUUUAUUGAAACCCAUUUUUUCCAGGCUUUCGCGGGCCACAUAAAAUAACAUGUUUGUGCACCAGUCGAGGAAAAUGAUCAAACAACAUAAAUAACAUACUGUAAUUUGAUUUUGAUAUAAUUUUUUUAUCUUGAUAGAUUGAAAAUUAACAACAUUAUCACAUAAUGUAUUCAGAAAAUAUAAAUAAUGACAGAGAUAGAAUACUAUUAACUGCAACAGUUAAUUGUAAAAAAUGAACCCAACAACAUAAUGAUUUGUUCAAUUUCAGAAUGUGCUCGUUCUAUUUUUUAAAAAAGAAAACAAUCUGAAGUAGUCUUUAUUUUUAAGUUAUCGUGCCGUGAUUUAACCAGUCCGGCCCACUUGGGAGUAGAUUUUUUUCCAUGUGGCACCCGAUCUAAAAUGAGUUUGUCACCCCUGCUGUGGACUUUAUUCUUUGAAAAUUGUAGCAUUUUUUACUGUAAAAAUCACAACUUAUCUCAUACAUGCCCCCAAAUUUUACUUUUUUCUAAUAAAAUUAAGGUUUUUUUUCUAUUAAUCAUUUUGAUGUUUUUUUUUUUUUUCCACUGUUUUUCUAGUAAAUGUUUUUUCUUUUUUUCUCUUCUGAUAUUACAUUUUCAUUUCUAAAAAAAAUACUUUUUACCAAUUUUUUUUUUCAUAUUUGGCUUUAUUCUUAAUAUAUUAUUCCUGUGCAUACUAUUUGAUUGUGUCUAGCGGAUGAAUGAAAUGUUGUCAAAUGCCCAUCCCUAGUCGUAACUGGACAACACACACACACACACACACACACACACACACACACACACA